AUGAAGGAGGUUUUGAAUGGCAAAAUCAGAUUUGUCGAUGAUAGGAGUUUGAUUGCAGAGGGGUCUGGUCGGAUUGUGCUACGAGAUGAAAAUGGGAGAGAAGUGGUGAUAGAUGAAGUACUGUUCGUUCCAGGACUCAAAACAAAUUUACUGAGUUUGGGACAACUAUUACAGAAAGGUUUUGCAAUGAAGAUGGAGAAUAACUAUUUUAGUAUUUUCGAUCAGAGCAAAAGAAUGGUUAUUAAGGCAAGUUUGUCUCAAAACAGAACCUUCCGUGUGAUAAUGAAGGCUGUGAGGCAUCAAUGUUUUUAUGCAGUAGGAAAGUCAAUCGAGUGGUUGUGGCAUCUACGUUUUGGACACCUAAAUUUUAGAGAUUUGUUUCGGAUGAGUCAACGUUCUAUGGUGAGUGGUUUGCCUUUGGUUAACAUUCCAGAAUCUAGUGACAAAAAGCUCAAAGUGUUAAGAACGGUUGGAGGGGGUGAGUACAUCUCGGCAGAAUUUCAGACUUAUUGUGAAAAGGAAGGAAUAAUUCAUGAGUUGACUCCUCCUUACACACCGGAGCACAAUGGCACAACAGAAAGAAAGAAUCGCACCAUAAUGAAUAUGGUAAGGUGCAUGUUGAAGAGCAAAGAGCUGCCAAAAUUUUUAUGGGGAGAAGCAGUGUUGGCUGCAACAUAUAUUUUGAACAGAACGCCCACUAAAAGAUUGAAGGAUAUUACCCCAAAGGAAGCCUGGAGUAAGAUCAAGCCAAAUGUGGAGCACUUGAGAGUAUUUGGCUCCGUCUGCUUCAAACACGUGCCAGACCAGUUGAGGAGAAAGCUGGAUGAUAAGGGAGUGCCACGGAUUUUGGUUGGCUAUCAUCCAAUUGGUGGAUAUAAGCUGUACAAUCCAGAAACUGGGGAAGCUAUGGUUAGUAGAGAUGUGGUAGUUGAUGAGGAAAGAGUGUGGGAUUGGAAGACUAUGCAGAGAAAGAGUAUAACUCUUCAGUUGGAAGAUGAGACUUCGGGAGUAACUUCAGAAGGGAACCUGGUCCAUUAUGCUCUUGUUGCUGAAGCUGAACCCGUGACAUUUGAGCAAGCAGUUGCUGAUGAUAAGUAG